CUCCAAUACUAUGGACACUUGGGUUAUUACUGGAUUAUAGAUAGAUAUCUAGUGUUAAACUAACCCACUAUGCAUUACCCUGAAAUAUGCCUAUAAAAUUUUCCUCAUAACAGAAGAGUAAAAUGAAUACCAACGCUAAGAGGGCUGAAAUCCAGAAGGCCAUGUCUAUAAAGAACUUUUUCGAGGCUAAAACAAAUGACUCUUCAAGAAGGACUCUUAAAGUAAUCCAGCCAUCUGCAACUGGAUGUCUUGUUGGGAGGGCUAAUGAGGCAGGAAAAAACUCUACAAAAAGAAAGUUAUGGAAUGACCAGUUGACUUCAAAGAAAGCAAAAGUGGAAAUUGCUGUUGACACAGAACAUGGAGAAAAUCAGUGCAACUCAAGUGAAGCGUAUGAUCUUAUGGUAAAAGAAAAUCCAACCUAUCUGUACUGGAAAGACAUAGCAGAUGAAAGAAGAAAAGCACUGUAUGAGGUCUUGCAGGAGAAUGAAAAGUUACACAAAGAAAUAGACAGCAAAAAUGAAGAGAUCAGUCGUUUAAAACAGGAAAAUGACGAACUUAUGGAACUUGCUGGACAUGUACAAUAUAUGGCAAAUAUGAUUGAGAGAUUGACAGGAUCUGCACCAAGAAGCAUUGAAGAUCUAAAAAAUCUAGACUUGGAAGAAGCAAGGUGUGAAGACGAAGUAUAUUCAGAUGACCAAAACAUAAGCAUUCAAGAUACAGAAUAGGAGACUGCCUAACUUGAAAAUUGUUUUGAACAAACUUAAGUGGCCUUACAAAUGUCACACUUAAUGCAGUUUAAGCAGGCUGCUUCUGCACUAGUUUAAAGUUUCUGUAAGUUGGAAUGCUGGUCACUUAUUUAAAAAAGCAAAUACUAUGUAUUUUUUAUGAGCUUGUAUAUAGGUUUUAAUGCUAACCUUGAUGUGAGGUGUUUGUAUAUACUUUAAUAAAAGUCAGGUUUUUUUUUA